AGGCUGACCCGGGCCCAGGAGACCUGGGGGCGGGGUCUUAGGAGGGGCGGAGUCAAAAACUAAAGGGCUGGACUGGGCUGGGCAGAAAUAGGUGGGGCUGCCCGAGACUGCUGGAGCCGGGCGGUGAUACUAGUGGUCCUCGUCCUGGAGCAGCCCCGAUUGCUCUCGCCGCCAGUAUCACCGCCAUGACGGGGCCACAGGAGGUUCUGAACGGGAGGCUGCGGCUCUCUUUUACUCCUGGUCCACGAGCCAGCCUCCUACUCCUCCGACUCAACGACUCAGCCUUGCGUGCGCUACAGGACUGUCAGCGGAUACAGGCCCAGCCUGUGAUCGCCUUCCAGGGCAACCGAGGGUACCUUCGACUUCCUGGCUCUGGCUGUUCCUGCCUCUUCUCUUUCAUAGUGUCUCAGUGUGGAGCAGAUGGGCCAAGAGGUGGGAUGGACCUUGUUCAUCACCGCUUUGGCAGGUCUGGACCAGGCUUGCUUCGGUGCAUAGGUCCUCUUCGAGAGCGAAUUACUAUCUGCUCUGCUGUAGAUUCUGUACCAGUAUCAUCUUCAGUUCAGGGACAUCAGCAGGGUGAAGGUGCCAGGGAAACAGGGGUCCAACAGGGCAGUGGAUUGGAAACAGGACUUCAACCACAGCUAUUAGUAGAAGAGGUGCUAGAUCCCCUGGAGAACAGUCAAGAGGAAGAGCCUGUUCCAGGAUCCUCAAGAGACCAUCUGGCACAGUGGCUACUGAGUAGAGACCAGAGCCCUCAACCCACAAAGGGGCCAGAUCACAGACCCUCUUCCUCCUCCAGCCAGAGGCACUUGAACAUGAAGCGACACCCCUCCCCAGACAUAACAGAACCAGAGGACAAGAGGCCUAGAGGUCCAAGUUCCCCACAGGAGGUUCCCAGUCAUGAUCCACAAGAGGGAGAGGAGUGGGAGAAAGACCAUGAUGCGUAUCCCAGAAGGGAACACAACUCCUUAGGACAAGCAGGUACAGAGUCACUGCUUCCUGGAGAAACACCAGACUACUUCCUGCAGUAUGGAGCCAUCCACAGUACUGAACAGUGUCGUGUCUAUGAGCGAGAUUUUGAAGCAGAUUAUGCAGAAUAUCGGACCCUACACGCACGUGUUGGGGCUGUCAGCAGGAAGUUCAUGCAGUUGGGAAUGGAGAUUAAGAGAGUACAACGAGGCACUCCUGAACACAAGGUGCUGGAAGAUAAGAUAGUCCAGGAAUACAGAAAGUUCAGGAAGCGAUGUCCAGGUUACAAAGAAGAAAGACAGCGCUGUGAGUACCUGCACCAGAAGUUGUCACACAUCAAAAGCCUCAUUCUGGAGUUUGAGAAGAACAGGGACAGCUGAGGCUGCCAGGAAGGCCUCAGGCCUUCUGUCUGGUGAGAUGUUGAUAAACAGGGCGGCUGUGAAACAAUUUAGGCAUUUCAGCCUACUACUGAUCUCACUGAUGACUCUGGUGGGGGAUGGGGAGGAAUAGCAGGUGCAGCUACAAAUCCUUGAGGGGUUUGGUUCCCAUUGUUAUCAGGAUAUUUACAUCACCCCCUGCUAUCCAGGUUGUGUUGGCAUAAUGCCAAUCCUUUCCAGCUGUGCCCAAGAACUACAGGGGUUUCAUCACCCUUACCACAACUCUGAUGACCCAAGAGAUUAAAACCACCUCUAAGAUAGAAUACUGAGGAAACAAUGGUAAAAGCUAAUUUUGUGAUCACCCUAAGAGACCAGAAUAACAGUUGCUUUGCAAACUCAUUUGCCCUCAAACUUAGUGAGGGGCAAGGCUUGACUAUAACCCAUGUGGAGAUCAUGGGAAUGUUUGGUGAAUUUCUUUACAAACAUGGCUGGAAAACAAA